CGUCGACGAGCCAUCAACUGGGGACUUCGCAGAGUAUUCCUUGCGGCCUCUAGUUAUCGCAUCGAUGGCGCAAGUAGUCAUGCGAGCACCGCUGCGACUCCUGCUUCCGCUUCUGUUGCCGUUUACGGCCGCGCUGCAGCGCUGCCCCUCGCUGCCGCAUCGAUUUGACGCGGCGCUGCCGCAUCGCUUGGACGCCGCGCUGCCGCAGCGCACAGCCCUUGGCGCGGUGGCAGGUGGCAUAAAGGACGCGGGCCCCGCGGACGACGCGGCGGUGCGCGCGUGGGCCUCGCAACUGCGCGCCGUCGUCGCGAAGCGCUCGCCGCCGGCCGCCGCGGGCGUCGCGGUCGGCCUCGCGGGCCGCGUCGCCGCCACGGGCCGCGUCAGUCCGAAGCUCGCGGCGCGCCUCGUGUUCGGCGCCUUCGUGCUGCUCUCGACGGCGCUGGCGGCGCCGGAGCGCGCGGCCGUCGCAAGCGCCGAACGCGACGCCGCACUGUCGCCGCGGCGAAAGCGCGUUCCCGCCGUGGUGAUCGCCCGCCAGCUCGCCAUCGCGGCGGGCGCGGCGGUCGUCGCAUCUAUGGCCCCCACGAGGCGCAGCGCCGUCGCCCUCGCGGUCCUCGCGGCGGUCGCGCGCUGGGCCCGCGGCGGCGAGGACGGCUUUGCCGCACGCGUCGCGACAAAGGCGGCGGAGCUGCGCGCGAGCCGCGCGUACGUGCCCGACGGCCUCUCCGUGGAGGAGUACGCGGAAACGAAACUUCGCGAGGAGGACUACAAGAAGUCGCUGGAUUUAGGUGCGUGGGGGCCACGCUUCAAGCGCACGGCGGCGCCGGGCGCCUUCGGGAAAGCCUGGGUCGCCUCAUUUUGGAUGGGGGGCAAGCCGCCGCCGCCGCCGGCGAGGUACGAGUAGUGUGUAUAAUCGAAGAUACUGUUUUUUAGGGAAGAGCCGUAUCGACAAACCUC